CACAGCUGAUCACAUGUAAACAGGGAAAUGCCGGUUAUCACUGAUCAUCAGGGAACUGAUGAUCAGUGUGCCCUGAUGAUCAGUGUAGCCCCAGCAGUGCCACCUGUCAGUGUCCAUCAGUGCCAGCUCUCAGUGCUCAUCCAUGCCACCUGCCAGUGCCCAUCAGUGCCACAUCAAUGCCACAUAGCAGUGCCUACCAGUGCACAUCAAUGCCACAAAUCAGUGGCCAUCUGAGCUGCCUUUCAGUCUCACCCAUCAGUGCAAGUCAGUGCCACUCAUCAGUGCUGCCAAUCAGUGCCACCUAUCAGUGCCAGUCAGUGCUGCCUAUCAGUG